AACUCGAUAUUCUUUAAUAACUGGAAUAAGUUACUGUCUGAAGUGACAUGUAGUUUUCCAGGUCUUAACUCCCAAGGGUACCUGGUAGCUUGCACGGAUCGUACUGCAAGAGUGCUAGAGAAAAUGUCGGAAAAAGGCGAAUCAAACGGACAUAUUACGGUCACAGUCACCUCACCCUCAAACGAGGAACAGGUCAUCACUGAUGAGGAAAACGGUGACGAGCUCCAAGUUGAAGUGGAGGCGAAGCGGAAAGGAUGGGGAAACAAAUUGGAGUACAUGCUUGCCACUGUCGGAUUUGCUGUUGGUCUUGGAAAUGUAUGGCGUUUCCCUUACUUGUGCCAAAAGAAUGGAGGAGGUUAGUAAAUCCAGUGACUAACAAAAGACAUAGUUUUGCCUGGUUUCUUAUCUAAGUAUUGACUACUGGACGAUUUUAACACCCCAGAGACAUCGGGUGAGAAUUCGAAGGGUUUCCUAUUUCACACUUCUGUGUCAAACCCGUUUAGCUUACUAGAAUUCAAAGGGGUCUUGCGCUUUCAACGAAUCUUUCGUAAAAUUAUAUCGAGCAGUACUUUAUGUGACAGAAAAGUAUACCUGAUGAAGGGUGGACAGUUUUAGUGGUGAAUUUCAUUCCUUUUGACUUUCAUAGCGUCGACACCGGAAAUAACUUUACUGUAUUUUAGUUUGUUCGAGAUCGAUUCUUAGGGUAAGCAACCUUUAAUUGAAUGCUUCGAAAUUUGAUCUUUUGCCCUUCGUGAGCAAUUUCGCUUCAUUUUUUCAAAAAAAGAGUUUGGUAUAGCUAAGAAAAACUCUCAGUAAAAGACCUGGUGUUGAGCGCUAUCCUAUUCCCACACGCUUGUAUUUGUCUGCCGAUAGUGGCCUUUAGUUUCCGUUUCUUACGACAAUGAACUAAAGAUUGUUUUAGAAACAGAACUGGGCGCUUCAGUAAAUAUUUUUCGCGCAUCUUAAUCUUGUACAAUGGAAAAACUGCGAGGAUGGACCGAGUAUCGCUUUAUUCGUUGAAACCAAAACAAAGUAUAGUGAUUCAGAAAUAUCCUAUUGUUGAGACAGUCCUUGACGGAGAUGAAGUUUCUAACAAGAAAAACCUCAUCAUGAUAGAAAUAAUUUUGACCUCAAAGACAUUUUAGCCAAAUUUUUAGUGGACUGAAUGUACUAUUUUCUCUUUAUCGGUUGGGUGUGUGAUCUUAGCUUAGUGUACUGGAGAGGUGUCAGAUUCGCAGUUGACUUGUCAUUAACAGAAAAAAUAAAACCUCUCCUCUAGCAUCACCUACAUGAACUAUCAACAAAAGUAUUUCUCAAAUAUAUUCCGAGGGUUUCCCGGAACAUGGGUAGUUUGCACGAAAUAAGUGUGAAUCGAUCGCUAGGAUGGGUCUCCUUUGCAACCGCUCUAGAGCUAGGAUGUCAUGCAACGUUACUGCCGAAGGAGGCGUUCCAGAGCUAGGAUGUCACGCAAUGUCACUCCCAAAGGAGGCUUUGCGGAAAAUCCUAUGGACAGCUUUAACCCUUUAUACCCUAACAUCAGUAUGCAUCUUCUCCAUACUGUUCUCUAUACAUUUCCUGAGGUGUUGACAUGGAGAAUUUGUCUAAUAAUCAUGAGCUUCUUUAGCUGGUGAUCAUUUCCUUUAUUGUCGUGACCUUUAUGUGUGAUUCGGGGGGGAGAAGUUAGAUGCUUGUCACUCUUAGGGAGUCAAAUGGUUAUUAGAAUGUUAGUAACGCUUCCCUUCGUAGAAUGUGGUUCGUUUCAUGGAGACCUUACGGAGAUUUAAAGAAAAUGGAAAAUCUUUUCAGGUCCAAUUUACUGUAGCCUUUGCUAUACCGGACUGAGCUCUCCGGUUUUUUUCGGAACGUCAAUCUCUGGGAACAAAACGAGGUGAAACUUGGAAGCGAGAGGCUAGGAACUUUGUGCUCGCGGCUUUUUCUUUGCCCUCACAGUUUCAGAUAUGAGAGGCGGUGAACAGCAUUUCUUUAAAAUUUUUUUCUAGGUGCUUUUCUCAUCCCGUACGUCUUCAGUUUGGUUGUAAUGGGAAUCCCCCUGUUUUUCAUGGAGUUGGCGAUUGGUCAGAGCCUGCGUCAAGGAUCUGUGGGUGUGUGGAAUGCCAUUCACCCCUUCUUGGGUGGACUGGGGUUCGCAUCAGUGGUUAUCUGCCUGUUGGUGGGCCUGUAUUACAACAUGAUCAUCGCCUGGUGCUUUUACUAUUUAUUCGCUUCUUUCCAGGACCCUUUGCCUUACGCCAAUUGUCCUAUGGUGGAUAAUGUCACUUUCGUGGAGGAGUGUCACUUAGCAGGUCGUACACAGUAUUACUGGUACAGGAAUGCCUUAGAAAUAAGUGCGUCCAUCGAAGAGAGUGGAGGACUCCUGUGGCAUUUGUGCCUGGUGUUGCUGCUCUCUUGGAUUGUUGUAUUCUUGUGCAUGAUGCGUGGUGUGGAAUCAGCAGGAAAAGUGAGUACUAUGAUAAAUAUUCUUGCAUUUAACCAUAGUUUACUGGUAGCCUAAAUUUUCUUCUCUGUUUCAGUCUUUCGACAUCCUUCUCCAUCCUUGUCUCUUCUGGGUUUAUUGUCUUGUUUAUCUCUUUUGAGUCAAUGUAUUGUGUUUGUGUUUAUGUUUAAGGUAGCUUUUAGCGCCAAAAAAGAAAAAACCGCUACAUAGUUCUCUACGGUAAUGAGCCUUCUAACUCAUCGAGAUCGUUCGUUUUCUUUUGCGGAAGAUAAAUAAUUGCAGUGUGUUUGUAUUCCUACUUUUCAACCACAGAAAGAGUGAGACACUUGCCACACUAAUGCGUUUUUCCUUUAAUUUUAUAGCGUUUAAGUUUGUGUGAAGGACAAAAACGUUUCAAAGAUAUGAGUUUGCGAACGAGGUUGGGGCCUAAAUGUCCCUUCGCGCUGCUAGAAGUCGGAUAAACUUGCUUGACAAAGAAGUUGUGAGUGCUUCGUUGAUAAAAUGGUGACGGCAGUUUUCGUCCUUUGAUAAUUGAGAGGACGAAUCAGAUUCAGUUCACAGCGUUGCAAUAGUUGAAAAUUGUUUGAGUUUCUUUCUGGUUUGCAGGCAGUCUACUUCACCGCCACAUUUCCAUACGUCGUACUGAUUAUCUUCUUUGGUCGUGGGAUCAGUUUACCAGGCUCUGUUGAUGGCGUCAAACACAUGUUUACCCCUCAGGUAGUAAACCCAGUCAUGAAACAAAUAUGAAACAUCUAAGAUUUUAAUUAAAUAGUCUGUUUUAUUCCUGUGAGCAUGAGAGAUAACAAUUACCUUCAUCAAAAUGGCCCAGAUUAAGUUAUUUCACCAGACAUUUCACGUAUUUCAGAUUAAUUUGGAUCCCACUUUGUUUUUUCAAACAAAAUCAGACAACAACAACAAAAAAAAGAAUUAGAAAUUUGCGUACAAUUCAACGCUUGCGAAAAACUUAAUAUCCCAAGAGAUCUUAAAACUGAUUUAAUCUAUUUAUAAACCUGUAUUGGUUAAACCAAAUAAACUCUCGAAAAUUUUUAAAGGAGAUUGCAAGUUAUUAUGUGCUUUGUGUGCCAGCAAAUAACUGGUAUAAUCAAUAUCUCAAUCUUAUUUUUGGUAUUCUCUUUGUUUUCUUUUUCCAGUUUGAUAAACUUACUGAUCCUCAAGUCUGGCUGGAAGCCGCCACACAGAUUUUCUACUCGUUAGGAGUUGCUUUCGGUGGACUCAUCGCCAUGUCCAGUUACAACGAUGUCCAUAACAAUUGCAAACGGGACGCUAUUCUGGUGUCCACCAUCAACUGUGGCACCUCAAUCUUUGCUUCAAUUGUCAUUUUCUCCAUUCUUGGAUUCAAGGUAAGAUCAUAAAUAAUGCUGUCGGCACAAAUAUGUUUAAAAAGGUUGUAAAUGAAUUUGGAAUUCGGUCGUCGAAUAAAAAUUUGUAUUCAAUGGUCAGAAGCCAAGUGUUUCCGUCACAAAGUGCGCUUAAAAAACACUCCUUCGCUUUUUAUUUGUAGCUUUAAGUCAACAAUUCAUGUAGAUUUACACCAAAUGCCAUUUCUAGAUAUGGUCAUGUAAACCAUAAACGUAACAUACCUAACACAUGUUACAACUAAGAAUCUUAAUUUCCCACCAGAGAUAGGAUCUCGGGAACAUGUGCUUUACCGCUGAGAGCCGGUGAGCUGGGUUACUAUUAGGUUCACAUUCGACAUCCGUGCUGAACGCUUUUAGGGGAAAACGGUUACCACCCUUUUUUUUUUUUUUUCAAGGCCCAUCAUUCAUAUCACGAAUGUUUGGAUAUCUACGGAGGAAAUAGCACCAACAUUGAAAAGCAUUGUAAGGAUUUGGAAUUUUGGUUGUCUGAGGUAAGUGCGUACACUCAGUGUGAAGAUGAUACAUUUCCUAGUUCACAAUAAAAGCUGUAAUGAAUUGAUAUCUAUGCAUUUUAUCUUCGAGGAUGUUGUCCGUUGCAUUCUUGUAGGGAAGGAAGCGACCACGAAAAGUGGGUCGAGCACUUCAUGUCAUAUUAAUUGAAUAAACUGUAUAUUGAACGAUGUACAGGCCAAAUUUUUUAAGCAACAAAUAUAGAACAGCAAAGGACCAUAUUAAGAGUAAUCAUACCUUGUAUGUCUAACAUGAGGAGCAACUAACACUGAAAUGGAUGAGAUGCCAAAAACUUUGAAAAGAGAAGCUAAACGCUAUGGUUGCUAUUUUUUCCUUUCUGUAUCCAGUCUGCACAGGGACCUGGGUUAACAUUCAUCGCCUUCACGGAAGCGAUAGUGAAGAUGCCCAUAUCCCCGCUGUGGGCUGUGCUGUUUUUUUGCAUGUUACUGACUCUUGGACUCGGCAGUAUGUUUGGAACUUUGGAGGGAGCGCUCACACCUUUAUAUGACCUUCAAAUUUUUCCUUGCCGGAAAGAGAUCCUCACUGGUAAGUAAAUGAAACUAUGGUAAGUUUAAAAAUUAAUAUGUGUUAAGGUUAGGAGAGAAGAGCUCAUUCCUUGAUGAUAACCGAAACACGAGACUUUCCGUACUCUGAAUCAGGUUGAAAUGCUCUUCAGUGUGCUCGUGACGGUGGAUUCCGCCAUAUAAAUUUACUUUGCAGGCCUGCUUGACUUCUGCAGUCCGAGAAUGUGUUUUUUAUUUUCUUUCCCUAAUUUCACAAGUAUUUUAUUUCUCGUCUCUUUUUAUUGUCCGAUUUUAACAGAGAAAUGAUGACAUCUUGAAGGGUGAGGAAACUGACCGUAGAUCUUGGGAGUUUUAGGGUAAAAUUUAAGCUCGUGAUAAAAGCUUAUGAUGGCGGAUAUUCCACGUUAUUCAUGUUAUCUCCAGGUAUCCUCUGUGUUGCUAGUUUCCUGGUUGGUUUGUUAUUCUGUCAGAGGUCCGGCGAGUACUGGCUGCAGAUGUUUGAUUCGUUCAGUGGAACCAUUCCUGUUCUGUUCAUCGGCUUCUUUGAGCUGAUUGCUGUUCAUUACAUCUAUGGUGCAUCCAAGUAAGUGCCUCAAUACUUGAUGCUCGGUGCAAGGGAGCAAAGACAUGUCCUGCUUCACUCUUCACGCCAUGUUUGACUUGGUAUUUUAUAUUCAAUGAAGCAAAAUAUCCCUCGCAAAAUUUGUUUUUCCUCAUGGUUGAAAAAGAGGAAGGGGGACGUCCGUUGGCAGGACUACUGUUUUAGAUCUUGGUAGACUGAUAAGUUGAGUUUGUCUUAUCGCGUUUAGUCCAAAAUUUUAGAAAUAGGAUAUUUUGAUGUUUUCUCCUCCACUAGCUGCUUAGUUUUAAUCCCCAUCGUGUUUGAAUAAGGGUUUUACUUACUUACUUACUUACCCAUCACUUACAGGGUUUCAACACCAAAAGCAUGGAGCGACUAAGAGAAUCACUUACCUCCCCUCUCUCUCCUCCCACCCUAGGAGCGAGCACAGUGGAAGGACUCUAAUCCAGACCUCUCUCGUAUUUCAGGACAUUAGUCGCUAGGCCACAAGUUCGCCCAAUGUUUGCUUUCCUCUGAGACUAAUUUUUGUUUUACGUUUCUCCUCAGGUUUGAGGAUGAUAUCGAGUACAUGAUUGGAAGCCGACCUGGGUGGUAUUGGAAGAUCACAUGGCGCUUUGUUGCCCCAUUCCUUGUUUUCAGUAUUCUGGUGGCUAGUAUAGUAAACAUGGGAAUCAAACCUAUCGUUUAUUCAGCCUGGCAUCCGGAACUUGUGAGUAAAUUCAGCUUUUACUUUCUUUGUUCAUGCUUAUGGGAAUGCGGUUUACCCGUAAAUACACGAAAUAGCCCUGCCUCGAAAAAAGGUGCCCGUGCUUGUUUUGCGAACAUAACAAAUUUAAAAUGAGAAGUGCGACGAAAAACAACAAAUUUGAAAAAGGGCCGAGGCGCUCUUCCGAGUUAACACGGUGGUCAUAUAAACGACUGCUGAUUUAAACCAUUUUUCUCGUAUGAGCAAUGACUUCGUUCUGCUUUACUUGGCAGAGUGGAAGAUUUUUGAACAUUCAUUCCUAAUAGAGAAUUAAAUCAUCUUUUUGGGGGUGAAAAACUGAUGUUAAAUAAAAACAAUUUCUUAUCCUAUCGCAGGCAGACGUGGUCCCGACUCAAUAUCCAAAUUGGGGAUAUGUUGUAAUAGUCAUUCUGAUUCUGUCGUCGUGUUUCUUUAUUCCAUUCAUCUUUAUACUGCGGAGGUUUGGUUUCACUAAUUACGAGAAAAAAGUGAGGCGCUCGGUGAGGGGAGAUGACGUCAUACCUCCGGGAUCUCUGACACCCCAAUUGUCACGUGUCGCACUAAAUUUAUCAGAAGAACCGCUGGGUGGGACCGACGACUUCGACGAAAAGUAUGAAUCGUAA